CGAUGAGGGCAGUAACAAAAGGGGCGGGGCUUGGAGAAGGAGGAGUGGUCACUGUCUUACCGGAGUGCGCACGCAUGUUUUAGCUUCUGCGCUUAGUAUUGCAGAGUAGUCGGCAGUCAGUGAAACGUCAUGUUCUAAACGUUGUGGUUUUACGCGAGUUUCGAGGGAGCCCGCUGUCACUCAGUCCUGUGUGCACGAGAGAAAUCUUAUUUAGUAUUUCCUUGCGAAAAGUGUAGUUCUCUUCAUCUCGCUGGAGGAUUUCAAGCAUGACCGCCAUCUACUGGGUUCUUGCAGUGACCUUUGUGAAGGUCGUGGCCUCAGAAUCGCCCCUAGAUAGUCUCUUGGGGUCGGAAAUGGGAAGCGGCAAGUGGGGCAAAGGUCUAGGGAACGACAGCAACGACAGACUUUCCCUGACGUCAGCCGGAGAGAACGCCACCGCUGUGGGUCACUCCAGAAGAGCUCGGCAGCUCAUCGACUUCCCGGAUGACGCCGUGUUUGAAGUUUACUUCAAGUUGAUCACGCCUUACUGGACCUAUGGAAACGUCAAGACAAGAGGCGACUACAGACUCGAAGUGACCUUCCAACUGCCCAAUGAGCUCCGCAAGAAGAGGUCCUUGGCGAAAGAGAGGUCAAACAUGUACGGGAUCUUGUCGGAUUUCAUGACGAAAGCCGGACUGGAUGGCGAUACGUGCGUCUUAAGAGCCGUCUGCGAAAUAGGAGAGUCACCCCUAGAUGAAUAUGGCCUCUUUGGUGAAUUCAUCAACCUCAUCUUCGCCCCAGGCUUCCGAUCAGACAGCAACCAGCACAAGGACGAGAUCCAGGCGGAGGAAUACGGGAGAAGCUUCGGAAACUGUUGGUCGGCGUUCCCGGACUGCCCGGUUUCUCUCAGGCAGAUGCUCUAUGAUUUCUUCAUAACGAAUUCCGAGGGGGACUUGUUCGGUGAGAACUGAGAUGGGGAAAGGAUAGGAAUGGCGGUUUCGUUUCAAAGUUAUUUUGCAAAGAGGGGAAUUAAUGAGGUGGUCAGUAAGAGGACGUGGUCUGUGAAAACUGAAAGUGGAAACUGGGGUUAAACGAUGAUUUCUGAUUGAAAUGCUUUCACUUUUUAUUCCUUUUGCCAUAAGGGAUUACUGACCGUGUAAAUAGUCUGAUCAAUAAUCUAACCGACUCUCAUACUUACGUACAUACUAUGAUUUUCCCAUUCAAGUUUGACAGACUCCAGCUUUUUACACUACAGACACGUACCUAUAUUUUACGUACAGUAUCGCAUUACUUAUAAAGUAAAUAAGCGUUAAAACAAGUAUCUGAAAAGUUUAUUCAUUUUAAGAUGGAUAACGCUAAGCAAUUGAAAACUUUAAAACCACAUUACAUAUAUUGAACAUUUAAAAAGUAUCGGAAAGGUUGACUGAUAAUACAGAAAUAGAAAAACAUUAAGCUAGAAUGCACAGAUUUGGCUUUAAAAUAAAAAUCACGAAAAUUAAUUCCGUAUAAAGUAAAACUGAAAUCAAAAUGAAUUUGUGAUAUGAUAAUUACGCGUUUAUAUACCUGCAUCAGUCUCAGAAAAGGAGAAAAGGUUUCUCUACUGAAAAUAGUAUGUAGCACUAAGUGACAAAAAAAUCAUAACAUUUAGAAUUUCGUAUUCACAUAUUAUAUCUGAUUUUGAUUUCAAUCUGCUUUUCACAUUUUAGUUAAAACGCAUUGAACGAACGUAUUUCACACCAUAAAUCCUCAGUCACUUAAGUCCAUGUAUUGAUUUAUUUUCAUAACGCUAAAUGGCCGCCUCUGCCCUAGGCUGGAUUUCACCUGACUAUUAUAAAAAUAGUCUCGUGCUCCAAAACCAAAGAGACUUUACUAGACUCAUUUUGGAAAUUAACUAUACGUAUAUUCUCUCCUCAUACUUUUGAAAGUGAUAUUAGAUUUAAUGACCCAUAUCUAAAAAAAUGUCCAUUCAUCAUAUCAUAGUUCUUUUCAUCAGUGUAGUUUGAUUCAGAGGGCAGUCAUAGUUGUCAUUAUCACUUUAGAUUUCCUUGAGGCUUGAAGUUACUUUGUGACGUUGAGCUACUUUUCCCUUACCUUCACCAGGAAGUUUUGAAAGCGUGUCGGGGAUUGUGGGUGGGUAGGGUAGGGGCCGGCCUGCCCCGGUACUCUGUAACAAAGGUUUCCCUUACCUAAUCUACAUUGCAUUCUUCUUCUAUCGUUUCCUUUGGCCAAUUCCUACAUAGUUUGCGGUUCAACAUUUCAACUUCGCAUUGCUUCAGUUUUCACAUCAUUCCUCUCCUCCAUUUAUUGAACGAUCCCUCCUUGCCCGCCCAACGAGAGUCUAGGACUCUAGGAAAAUGACUCGGUGACUUAGAGGAAUUCCAGAACUACCUCCAGCACGUCAUGAUGUUAUGAUCUCACUUCCAUAACUUUGCAGCGUCGUUGCCAUUUUGUUUAUUUUGUAUUUGAUUCUGUUGAGCAAUGAUGACAGCUCGUCUUAAUGCACGGGUGAUUAUUAUUCUCUGGUUUUCUGUACUUCCACUCCUUUGGUAUGUUACUCUGAGGGAGUGAAACAGUUACUCCUUAUCAAUUCUGAGGUAAAAAUCAGACAUUUUGCAUAUCACAUUCAAAGGCAUUACCUUGUUCGUAACAUUUCAGUUCAAUCAUUGUUCCAUUCAGUACCUACUGAAUUAUUUAUAUGCAGUAGAUGUAAGGAUAUUAUGUAACAUGUAUAUGCAUAUGUUAUUGCAUCUGAAGUGUGUUUGUUCUUAGAAUAGACUGCAUUUGUUAGCUAGUUUAUUUGUAAUGUUUAUAUUGUUAUUACCUAACUUAUUCAGUUUUAUUUUUCAAAUAAACUUUC